GUGUGUGUACAAACAUGCGGGGAUUAUCAGCUGUGUUCUCCGGAGUGAGGCGAGCGGCGCAGGGGACUAAUAGAAACGGAGACAACUAGAAAUAAAUGUGCGGCGCGUUGCGUCGCGCGUCUCGUCUAGCUCGUGGGUUUUUCUUUCUUUCUUUCUUCUUCUUCUUUUUUUAACUCGGGGUCUCGAGAGAAAUAACAGCAGCCAUGGAGAAGCGCGAGCAGCAAGUGAAGGGGACAUCGCGCAAAUCCAAGGCCACUAAGCACAAGGAUAAAAAACGAGCCGUUGGCAAAGCGUUUCGGAAGAGGUCGUUUAAAUCGGUCGGGAGUUUCGUGGCGAAGAUUUUUAAAAGUUUAGGCGCCUGGACUCAAGGCAGGGACGCGGCCGACGCGCUGGACGCUGAAGACGAUGACGGCGGGUUCCGGGUCGGAAUGCCGUGCACGAGCUUAGCGACCGGGAGAGAAGACGAACGCGAGCGUUUGGUGAAAACUUCGACGCUGCAGUCGCGCGCUUCGGUAAGAGAGAGGCUUUCGUUGUGUUACGGAGACAAGACUCCCGGCGUCCUGGGGCUGAAGAAUCACGGCAACACCUGCUUCAUGAACGCCGUGGUGCAGUGCCUGAGCAACACCGACCUGCUGGCGGAGUACCUCGGUUUGGAGCAGUAUAAAACGGAUAUUGGUGAGAGCAUCAUGAAUCACGCGAAGAAAGUCAGGAGUGAAGACGCGCAGCUCGCGCAGGGAGAGGUGACCGAGCAGUUGGCGGCGCUCGUGAGGGCGCUCUGGACGCUCGAGUACACACCGCAACUCUCCGUGGAGUUUAAGAUGAUUGUGUCCAAGUAUGGCUCUCAGUUCCGAGGGAAUUCCCAACACGAUGCACUGGAGUUCCUGCUGUGGCUGCUCAACUGCAUCCAUGAAGACGUCAACUCCACGUUAUCAUCCCCAUGUGGAAACAACAGGAUCAAAACCAGUGGAAAGGAUAUUGACGGAGGGGAGGAAUUGGACAUCUCAGAGCUUCCAGAUCAGCAACCUGGUGUACGUCACAGCUUUGUACAGGAGCACUUUCAGGCCCAGUACAAGUCAUCUCUGACAUGUCCUCAUUGCCUUAAACAGAGUCACACCUUCGAUCCUUUUCUUUGCAUCUCUCUUCCCAUCCCUUUGCGCCAGACCAGGCCACUGUGUGUGACUCUGGUGUUCAGCACUAAAGGGCAGAGGUACUUAAGAGUGGGAUUGGCUGUGCCUUUAUUCGGGUCUCUGGAUUGCCUGCGCAGAAUGGUGGCAGAUGAGGGCAAGAUUUCCCCAGACCAAGUGAUUCUGACUGAAAUUUACACUACUGGCUUCCAGCGUUCUUUUUCUGAUGAUGAUGACUUGACCAGCAUUGCAGAAAAUGAUGUCAUUUAUGCCUUCCAAGCCCCGCCCCUUUACAUCAGGGGUGGAUCCACUAGAAUAUCAGGCUACCACCACAGUCUCCCGUCUUCCCCUUACUCCUCGUCUGGGCCCGAGGCUCAGAGACUGGCUGCGUCUGGGGCUCUCUCCUCCGAGUUCCUCAACCACGGGGGUGGAACAGCAAAGAUUCUCCUGCUGGUGUGUAACGCAGCUGGAGCAGGUCAACAAGCUGUAAGGUUUGGUCCUCCAUUCCUGAUGAGAGAGGACAGGUCAGUGUCAUGGGAUCAGCUGCAGCAGAGCAUCCUCAGUAAGCUCUACUACCUGAUGAUUAGUGGAGCACAGCCACAGAAUAACAGAGUUCUGUUCAAGAUCCGAGUCGUUGGGGGAUCGGUGUCCUGUAGCUACUUGAGUCCUCAGGAUGGACGUCCACUUCACCAUCCUGCAGUAGACAGAGCUUUAAAGCUGUGUGGCUCCGGUGGUCCUCCACAUGUGAAGCUGAUUGUCGAGUGGGAACACAGAGUAAAGGACUGUCUGUUUGGUAACAUUCAGGAGGAGGUGGUGAAGGAUUGUGAGAGCGUGCGUGCCCAGCAGCAGCAGCAUGUUCAGCAGCAUAGCUGCACACUGGACGAGUGCUUUCAGCUUUAUACUAAAGAAGAGCAGCUGGCUCCAGAUGAUGCGUGGAAAUGUCCUCACUGCAAGCAGCUGCAGCAAGGCAUGGUCCAGAUGAGUCUGUGGACACUCCCAGACAUCCUCAUCCUCCACCUGAAGCGCUUCAGGCAGGUGGGCGAACGACGAAACAAGCUCUCCACUCUUGUGCGCUUUCCUCUCUCAGCCCUGGACAUGGCACCCCACAUGGUCAAGAGGAGUAACUGCACCCGUCUGUCUUCCACAUGGAAGCAGCAGCCUUAUCAAAGGACGGAAACAAGCCAGCAUCCUGAGGAGUUUUUGUACGACCUGUACGCUGUGUGUAACCAUCAUGGAGGCAUGCAUGGAGGACACUACACAGCGUACUGCAGAAACUCCGUGGAUGGUCAGUGGUACAGUUUUGAUGACAGCAGCGUCGAACCAGUGCCUGAAGGGGAAGUGUGUACACGUGGGGCUUAUAUCCUCUUUUACCAGAGACGCAACAGUAUCCCUCCAUGGUCAGCCAGCUGCUCGCUUCGAGGCUCUACAAGCUCCUCCGUGUCUAAUCACUGGCUCAUCCGUUUGACAUCCGUGUCCGAAGAAAGCCAAAGUCCCACGACCAAGACAGCUUGCUGCUCGUCAGCUCCUGAACCCCAAACGCCACUAUCUCCUGUUUUAUAUGAGCAACCAAAAGGAGAUUCUGAUGGAUUUGAGUCAAGACCAUUUGUCCGUGGCACCCAGGGCCGUAGUGUAAGCUUGCGUUCCCCGACCAAGAACAAGGAGAACCUGGGCAAAGUGCUUCCUCUCCGCUGGUCUUUUGGUGCUAAGGAUCGGAAGAAAGUCACAUCUGUUCCUCAGACCAUACCAAAACAUCCUGGAGAAUUGGUGGAGUACCUGGAAUCUGGACGGAGACCACGAUGCACCAAGGAGCCCAUAGUGGGCCUCGUGGCUAGUCCUGCCCAAGGUAAAGCCCAGCUUCCUGUAGAAGACUUACUCAGCUCCCCUAGUGGCAGCAGCAGCUUUAGCGGAGCAGAGCGAGGAACCUGUCGUGAGCCGGACUCGCCUCGAGUACCUGAAGGCCAGAGCAGACCAGCUUCAGACAGAGGCACUACAAGGAGCAGAGAUGAAGGUUUACUAGCCAGGAGGACUUCAAGGAGGAGGUCGGAGCAACACGGAAAGACUCACGAUGGUCAAUCUCAUCGAGAAUCUGCUGCCACGCUUCAGCAUGGGACUAGCACAGCUCAAGGUUUAGCAAACAGCACAAGUGAAAGCAAAGAUUCUACAUUAAAGCGACUUGGCAACCAGCCAGCUGGAGCUACCAGGAUUAGUCAAAACCAGCAAGAUGAUGUUGCAGGAAGCAGAAAUAAGGAGAUUCAGAACAUUCCAGCAUUUCUUAUGCCAGGCAAUGUCAAGAAGGACAACCAGUCAAAAGAUAUACGUGCCAAAGAACCAAGUCAAAGAAGAACACUAACAAAUAAGAGCUCAAAUAAGCCAUCUUUGUCCAAUGGUACUCCAAACGGACUGGUAGUAGAGGACAAAAAAGGCAAUGGCACCCACAGGAGCAGCAGUGCACGGUACUACAAUAAGACCUUGAUCAGUGGAAGGGAAACCCACAGUGGCACUGGGGGGGAUAUUAAGCGGGCGCUGAGUUCCUCAAACCUACAAAGUAGACUGGAUCUGAAUCUAAGGAGAACGGUGUCCCUCCAAAGGAACGGCCUGCUAGUUCCUCUUCAGAAAGGACAGACAGCUGACAAACCAUCCUACAAUACGCUGCAGAGGAACAGAUAUAGCACGACUUCACUAGGCAGACAGAGACCAGUCCCUGAAUCCUGCUUCUGAUAUCAGGACAGCUAAAAACGUGUGAGUGUCUGCCUUAGAUAGAGAUAAUUCCAGUUUGAGUGCCUCCACUGAAGAGAACAUAUUUAGGGUACUUUGACCAAGGCAUCAUUUGAAGGCAAGAAAACAGAGACAAUACUUUACUAUUACAGACCAGUUAUUUUAUUUUAUUUUUUUACAUUUUCUGGAGCCUAAAAAUUAACACUAAUUUGAUUUAGACACUAAUUUUAUUAUUUAUAUGUAAUUCCCUGAGACAUCCUGUCUUACAUGGUUUUAUUCAAUGCAUCAUCUCUGCGCUGUAUCUCUGGACACAUGAAGUAAUGGAAUCAUGAUAGACAUGAUAGACUCACACAUAUUUUUGUGUCACAUUAUGUGUCAAGCAUGUAACUUGCUAUUAUACAAGGAAUGGAAAGACACUGGGCCGUGCUGUUAUAGCAAAAUAACAGCGAUAUAGAAUGAGGAUUUCUUCUAAGAGUUUUUUCUCAUCUUUUACCACAGCAAUUGGCCAACUAUUCAGAUUUUUUUAUUAUUACUUUCUAUCGGUUUUAUAUUCAAGUUGUAUAUUUAAUGAAGUGUAACAUCCAUGAAAAUGAGUUAACUCCUGUUAUCACUUGCGCUAUGGCAGCUAUAAAUAGCAUUUCCCUCAAAUGAAUUAGACGACUUACAGACUGUAAGAAAGCUUACAGAGCAAACUUAUCUGUCCUGAAGACUUUCACCUGAUUGUUACACAGUGUUGAGGCGUCUGUAAGUGUUUAUAAUCAUUGACAUUACCUCCUUGAGAAGGUAACUAUAGAACAAUAACAUAUUAGAAUAAGUGCAUUCAUGUAACCCUGUGUUCUGCCUUGCAGUCAGCACUACUGUCAAACCCACGCUGUCAUAGAAAAUUAAUCAACUAAACAAUCAUAAUCAGGAAUUCAACAGCACGGUGUAAAAGGGAAUCCGAUGUAAGCAUUAGCUACUUAGGAGUAGCUAAUGAGAAAAAAUGCCUAAAAGCGCACAAAAUCAUUUACUUUUUAUGCUUUAUUAUAUCUAGAAUAAUGUCACAGACGACAGUGGUUAGUUCUGUGCUCUCGCACCUCCAGGGUUGAGGGUUCGAUUCCCACCUUGGGUCCGUGUGCUUGUUCUCCCUGUGCUUGGUGGGUUUCCUCCAGGUACUCCGGUUUCCUCCAGGUACUCCGGUUUCCUCCCACAAUCCAAAGAUGUGCAGAUCCAGCUAACUGGUCUCGUGCCCCGACUCUCCCGAGAUCCAGGCCUGCUGUGACCCUGUACACGAUAAGCAGUAUAGAGAAUGGAUAAGAGAGAGUGUGUGAGGUUUGUACAAAUCAAGACUUUGGAUAUUGACCAAAUAAGAUAUGACUGAGAUUUACCCUUAUAUAUAUUUAUAUGUUUGCAAAACAUUUUAGUGUAAUAUUUGUCACAUAUCUUAAGUAUCUUGUAAAUAACAUUAUUUAAAAU